GGAUAAAAUCGCAAUUAGCAAAGUGCACCCCACUUGGCUAUAUGCAAAUAAUGUUCUUGAUAACAUAUAGGAGCAAUUUAAAUGCUAAUUAUCCAAUUGCGUGAAACCUUUGUGUGAAAUUUGCGAAAAUAAUUUGGUCACGAUAAACAGUGGGUUGUACAGAAACGAGUGAGCACCAAACUUCAGCAUGCUACCUCCAAAAUAAUCCGUUACACAAUCACACAAAUAUCAAGCUCCUUUCCGCACACCACAUCGAAGCUAAUAAAAAAUCAGCUGUGUUGCGAAAACACGAGUUGGGACAAGUCCAGGCAGAAGGUCGGCACGGCUGGCACGAGAUAGGAAGGAACCAACCGGACAGCAGGUUAUGGGCAGUCUGUGACGUCACUGGGCGCAGCUGGACGCGAGGGACGAUGGCUUUCAGACUGCUCGGCAUCCACGGCGGCCUCCGGUGCGCCGGCCUCCAGCCCGCCCUGCUCCUCCAGCCCCCCAGGGUCGCCUUCCUCAGGCACGCCUCUGCGAAAUCGUCGAAAGGCGAGCAGGGAUGGCGAUCGACGCAGAACUUGCGCUACCUGCGGCUGCCCCUUGGGGUAGGUUUUGUGCUUUUGGCCGUGCUGCAGUGGCGCCACAUUCGUCAGCGCCUCGAGAAGGAGGAAGAGCACGCCAAGGACUGGGAGAUCACGUGCUACCGGCUGAUGCCCCUGCGGGCCCUUUCGCGGGUCUGGGGCUGGGCCAUGGAAAAGGAGGUGCCCAAGUUCGCGCGGCCGCACCUUUUCUCCUGGUACGCGACCGCCUUCGGGUGCGACCUGAACGAAGCCGAAGAACCCAACCUGGCGGCCUACUCGAGUCUGGGCCAGUUUUUCGGCCGCAGCCUCAAACACGGCGCCAGGCCCAUCAAUUGCAACGAUUUGCUGGUUUCGCCAGCUGACGGUCGAGUGUUGCAAGUGGGACCAGUUACAGGCUCCAGGGUGGAGCAAGUCAAAGGAGUCACUUAUUCCCUCGAAGCUUUUCUCGGCGAGCCGAACUGGAUGAGCGAGACGCAGUGGGGUCGACCGACACUGGCACGCAGACUUUUGCACAACGAAAGAGGCACUCGACUUUACCAGUGCGUCAUUUAUCUCGCGCCAGGCGACUACCACCGCUUCCACUCGCCGGCCGAGUGGCGCGUCAAUUUCCGUAGACACUUUCAGGGUGAAUUACUGAGCGUGAAUCCUAUGGUGGCUCGUCUCAUUCCGGACCUGUUUAGUCUGAACGAGCGAGCGGUGUACGUCGGUUCGUGGAAGCACGGCUUUUUCUCGCUCACCGCAGUGGGCGCGACCAACGUGGGCUCAAUUCGCGUGUACUGCGACGAGGAACUGCGGACGAACCAGCCUCGCUGGCCGCGUCACCAGCAGCGUCACAAGGACACGUACUUGGGGCCGACACAGGAAGGCGUGCCCAUGGCCAAGGGGCAGCUCUUUGGCGAGUUCAAACUCGGCUCGACGGUGGUGUUGCUGUUCGAGGCGCCCGAAGAUUUCCACCUGCGGCCGGGCAUCGGCGAGCGCAUCCUCGUCGGCCAACCGAUGAGUCUGUGUGACCCGGACGCGGCAAAGGUCACCCCCGAUGGCCCCAAAACUGACUGAGAGCACAACACCAGAUCCGUUCCUGCCCCCGACUUAGAUUGCGUAGUCCGAUUAAACAACCACACGACCUCUCCCUCUUGAAACACCAGUCGCGUGUCAGCGCCACUGUCGGGCGUCUGACCGGCUGCACGACGGACGUUCCGUUCGGAGAGGGCUUUUGGCAGAGAGUCGCUUCGAAACGCCAGAUGGACCUGACGGUCCUAUUUCAUAACACGUUAUUCCUCAAGUGAAUUGAACAUUGAACUGAUACAUUAAAGAUUGUUUUUUAUUAAA